UACAUUAAUUUAUCAUCAUCAUCAUCAUCAUCAUCAUCAUCAUCAUCAUCAUCAUCAUCAUCAUCAUCAUCAUCAUCAUCAUCAUCAUCAUCAUCAUCAUCAUCAUCAUCAUCAUCAUCAUCAUCAUCAUCAUCAUCAUCAUCAUCAUCAUCAUCAUCAUCAUCAUCAUCAUCAUCAUCAUCAUCAUCAUCAUCAUCAUCAUCAUCAUCAUCAUCAUCAUCAUCAUCAUCAUCAUCAUCAUCAUCAUCAUCAUCAUCAUCAUCAUCAUCAUCAUCAUCAUCAUCAUCAUCAUCAUCAUCAUCAUCAUCAUCAUCAUCAUCAUCAUCAUCAUCAUCAUCAUCAUCAUCAUCAUCAUCAUCAUCAUCAUCAUCAUCAUCAUCAUCAUCAUCAUCAUCAUCAUCAAUUAAUCAAUCAAUCAAUUAUUCAAUCAAUCAAUUAUUCAAUCAAUCAAUCAAUCAAUUGUAA